CUAAGCAAGUGAGCAGAGUAGAGCACCAAACUUGGAAUUCAUUAUUGAAUUCGUAAACUCAAAGAAAUCCAGAAAUGUUGGAUUAAACAAAUAAAUCACCACCUUAAUUUCACUGUCAUUCACCACCAGAAAUCCUCCAAUGGCUUCAAAGCAACUCAACCCUCAUAUAAUUUGAAGAAGAACAACCACCACCACACCUCAAACACUAGCUUUUCCAUUUCUUCUUCACACACCAAACUUCUCUCUCUCUCUCUCUCUCUCUCUCUCUAACUUUAGAGAGAGAAAAAUGAAGCUCUCGGCGCUGCAUCAGAGCUACCUGAACCGCCGCAGCAACAGCUUCCGGGGAUCGGCGCCGCUGGAUUCGUCGCCGGAGGUGAAGUCGCCGGCGACGGUGUUCUGGCUCGUCCUACAUGGACUCUGCUGCUUGAUAAGCCUGGUACUCGGAUUCCGCUUCUCUCGUCUUGUGUUUUUCUUCUUGUUUUCAACUUCGUCGACGAAUCUGUACUCGGUGCCGUUCCGGUCGGCGUCGGAGCUCAUCGGAGCUCUGGAAAUCCCGGUCAUUUCGAAUCCGGUCGCGAAUCUCGACCUCCAGCUCAACCGGAGCUCCACCACGAGCUCCAGCAGCCGCGUCGUCGUCGGCCGCCACGGGAUCCGAAUCCGGCCGUGGCCGCACCCCAACCCGACGGAGACGAUGAAGGCGCAUCGGAUAAUCGAGACGGUUCAGAGAGAGCAGAGGCGGCAGUUCGGAGUCAACAACCCGAGGAAGGUCAUCGCCGUCACGCCCACGUAUGCUCGGACUUUCCAGGCGCUGCAUUUGACCGGAGUUAUGCACUCGCUGAUGCUCGUGCCUUACGACGUCGUUUGGAUCGUGGUGGAGGCCGGCGGGGUCACUAACGAGACGGCUUCCAUUAUCUCCAAGUCGGCGCUUAACAUUAUUCACAUUGGCUUUGAUCAGAGAAUGCCUAAUACUUGGGAUGGCCGUCACCGAUUAGAAGCUCGGAUGCGGCUUCAAGCUCUGAGAAUUGUGAGAGAGCAGAAGUUGGAUGGGAUUGUGAUGUUUGCGGACGAUAGUAAUAUGCAUAGUAUGGAGCUUUUCGAUGAGAUACAGAAUGCGAAAUGGUUUGGUGCUAUUUCGGUUGGGAUACUUGCUCAUUCGGAUAAUGCAGACGGAUUGUCCGGCUCCAUGAUUCAGAACAAGGAGGAGGGGGAGAAUCCAACAAUGCCUAUUCAAGGUCCUGCCUGUAACUCGUCCAAUAAGUUGGUUGGUUGGCACACAUUUAAUUUGUUGCCGUAUGCGGGAAAGAGUGCGAAUUACAUUGAUGAUAGAGCGCCUGUGCUACCGCGGAAGCUGGAGUGGGCUGGGUUUGUGUUGAAUUCCAGGUUGCUUUGGGGUGAAGCUGAAGAUAAACCAGGGUGGGUUAAUGACCUAGAUACUAUAGAUGGGGCUGAUGAGAUUAUAGGGAGUCCACUAUUCUUGUUGAGGGACUCAUCUUUGGUUGAGCCGCUUGGAAAUUGUGGGCGCCAAGUUUUGCUAUGGUGGCUACGCGUUGAAGCUCGUUAUGAUAGUAAAUUUCCUUCCAGAUGGACAAUUGAUCCUCCUUUGGAAAUCACUGUACCAUCUAAACAUACUCCAUGGCCGGACGCUCCUCCUGAACUCCCAUCUAAUGGAAAAAUAGAGACUAAUGGUGUUGAACAGCAUACAGUGAAGCACACGACAAAAAUUCGAGCACCCAGAACAAAGAGAAGUUCUCGAAGCAAGAGAAAGCAUGAGACAAAAACUACAGACAUGCAAGCUUCUGCAAGGCAUACUGAACAAAUCUGAAACACAUUGCCAUCCUCGCCCACAAUAUAUACUGCUGUGUGAAUUUGAGACCCCGGUCUUCAGCAUCAAGAAAACUUAGUUCAAGAGGCAGAGAAGCAAAUUGUCACAACCCGGUAUAUAUGGUAAGGCACCUGUAUUAGGAGGCCAGUUAUGUGCAAUUAAGUUUGAUUCUCACCUUAGUUUCACAAUUUUUUGGUUUGUUACUUCAUUUGGGUGCUUUGAUAUUCCGGCCUCAUGCAAAAGUACCUCGACAUCCACUGGCUUUUAGGAACUUGUAUGCAAUAUGCCUCAAAAUUUUAUACAUAUCUAAAUAGGAAUUAUAGAGAUGUGUUCAGGUGUUGAAUUUCCUAGUAACGAUACCAAAUGUAAUAAUAUUCUCAUUCGAUUCAAACAAUGGCUUCUGGAUUCUUUGA